UCUUACUUUCCUGAUCAGUUCUUUCUUUCUUUCUUUCUUUCUUUCUUUUUUUUUUUUUGGUUGGCUCCAUUGCCUGAACUGUUGAGUCGAAAAGGGAAACCAAAAUGCUUUCAGACUGAAGAGUUAUCUCCUGUAGUAUCCUGAGAAGAGUCGACGUCAAAAAAAGAUGGCCCGAGUAUUUGGUAGGAGGCCUGCGUCAGCUUUGGCCAGGCGUGCUCCAAGCAGGGCCGUUCAAAGAAGAUCACGAAAGCACAAGGUGGUCAUGGAAUCUGUUACCCAAGAGAAAAAGAAGCUCCGGAGUGUCAUUUCGUUCGAAGCAAAUGCACCAGCUGGCUAUACCUUCAUUCCCGCAGGCAAUCCUCAGCUUACGACUGCUUGUAAGGAAUUAUGCCGAAAAGAAGGAUUGAAGGUCUUUGCUGUCACGACAACUCCCCACAUGCACACGCAUAAUCUUUCCCAACAUGUGCAUCGAAUUGGAUAUCACUUCCCGAGUGCUGUUGUUUCUACUGUGUGUAUGGACAUUGGUUUGUAUCUCACGGCAACAGGGAAAACCAUGCCUUUUCACGGAACUAGUACUACUGGAAAUAGUAACAGUACUAACUCGGAAGUUUCUCAAAUAACCAUCAAUACGGAAGCAAGAGACGUCUUGAAGGAUCUUUUCCCGAAUAUCCCAGAUAAUGAUCUGAAUCAAAUAAUCAAGACGGCGUUUCAAAAGGGCCAGCGGAAGGUUGGAACGGCGGUUGAGUUGCCCCUGGCCCGUCGAGCACAGUUGGCAGUGGUAGCCCACAUUCGGCACAUUUAUACCGACUACGAUCGCCUUCUGAAAGCAACAUCUUUCCAUGAAGCCAGAAGUACUGUUGAAGAACCUACUUUGGCGAAACUGGUCGAAUGGAGAGGAGAUGAUGAAAACGGGAAAACAGUCCUUGAGGAUGUUUUCCGAGAGGUCAUUGUUAUAUCAGACGAUGAAGACACCGAUACCGAUGAAGGGGACAUUCCCCAAACUGACGACCGAGACCUCAGUGUCGAGAUUGUCGCCAGUAAUGCACGGGCUGAGGAGCUCCAAACACGGCCACUCAAUUUUGCCAAUUCCUCUGUUCGCGAGUCCCUACGGGAUCUUUCAGAGGAUGAGGCACCGCUAGGUUUUCGGAUCAUUCCGGAGCCUCCCAAGAAGAAUAAAAUUGACCGUCGAGGCUUUAGCAGAUACCAAGCCUGGGACCGUGCUAUCAAUCGAUAUAGGAACGCGGCGAAUGAUGCUGACCAUAAUAGGCUUCGUGACAGCUCAUCUGACCUUUGGCGACCCAUUUACUCCGUACGACAACCCGCUCAAGAGAGUACCAGAGCUGAAAGAGAACUUGCUGGGCGCCGAAUUCUGGCCCCUCGCGACGUCUCCGCUGCACCACCUGCUAUUUCCCAUCAAAGACAUGUUGAAAGUGGACCAAACAAACCAAUUCCAAAACCAAGAAAUUUCCAACUUGCCCCAUUGCCUGAAGUUAUUCCAUUGGAAAGAGCACCAAUUCCCAAGGAGAACAUCCCGUCACAACAAGCUGAUUCACCAAAUGCCCCUGUUUUUGUUAGUGGUCCUAGAGCACUACGUGAAAAGGACGAGGGCCAGUUUAGACACCAUUCCAGGGCCUCUGUUUCCCUUCAUAACAUAGCCAGCUUGGACUUUCAGGACCGUGCGCUGCCGUCUAUUGAGAUCCCUUCUUCGCCAUUGGAAAUUAGACGUCCGGACAGUGGUCGAUUAGACCACCUUGCCAAGAAGAUGUCUGGAGACUUUACAAUUCGUUCAGUAACACCACACCAUCUGCUUCAGGAUAUUCCCCCCAACGGAGUUGAGGAUAACACCAGGAAUCAAGCUCCUAAGAGAAGGCGAAUGGCGUAUUACGAUCCUGUGCAUUAUGAGUCUCGUUUUAAUACUGCUCCAGGGGCUAUAAAACCCGUUACUCCCAUUACCCAUAAGGAUGCUUACACAGGAGAGCGCCACAUCCCAUUUGAAUACGCUUCAUCAGGCCAGCUGACUGCUCAAAAUGACCCCCAUAUCCGUAGGGAACAUCUGGCACCGGUUGACCUACCUCGCUUUAUUGGCCGUCACCCAGACAGAGUCCAGGAUUCCUUUUUCUUUCCCUCAAGUUCCCAUGUCAAUCCAGAGAUUCUUGCGACGGCACUGGUCGAACUGCUCCUGUGUAUUCUGCUGAUCCGAGGCCACAUCGUGUCUAUAAUGAAGACCGUAAUUUUAACAUUGACGGUCUGAGACCAGUGGAGGCUCCAGAGCCACACAUCACUGCAUUGCGGAACAAUACUAGUGACUGUCUUCUUGUCCCACGUGAAGCCCCCCAGAGAAGGCAAAUAUAUGCUGAUGAUUUCGUGCGUCCUGUUGAUUUGCAUGAGCCUGGUCCACUGGAGUAUACGAUGCAACGCCCACGUCUUCGGACGAGUCGUGUUGCGGAAACUGUCCC